AGGCCAGAGGUGUUGGGGGUGCGUUGGGCAGAGCCACCCUCCUCCCCUGCGGUCCAGGCACCGUUCACCAAGAGGGAGGAAGCGGCUCUGGGAGGGUGCGGCGGCCACUGCGAGCCGAACCACGGGGCCGGGGACGCGCCAGAGACUUGCGAGUGUACCGGGGGCGCGUCUUCUGGUCUCCUGGGCCUGGCACCGAGCGGAAAUUGGGAAGUGACGGGCACAAGCCGGAUCAUGGAGCGGGGAAGAUUUCGCCACUUCCCCACUUCCUCUCCAGACGUCGGUCAGAGCAAGGGAAGAGGGAAAAGGUGGGGGCUGACGCCCCAAGGCCGCCCUCGUGUUCCCUCCCGAUGAAUGCUCCCAAGCGGAAGGUAACGGGGCCCUUGGACGUUUCUCGGGCUGGGAUCUCUUAGUAUUGUUUGGCAUGGGUCUCCUCAUGGGUACAGGAAGGGCCCCUUCCGAGCCACUUUGGUAUUUUCAGUAUUUGAUGGGUUAGACGUGGCAGUUCUGUGGUCCAACUCCCUUAAACCUGUUUUCCCUCUUUCCCCACCCUUUGGGCUCGAUUUUAGAUCUGUUAACUGGAAACCCUGACCUUUUUGCUUGUGGAAGGAGAUUUGUUUUAUGAGGGCCCCUUUUGUAUAGCUUUACUUGCUAAACUGAUGCCCCAGGGCAGUGUCAUUCUUUCAUAAGCUUGGAGACUUUUGCAAGGGGGCAUACUUUGGCUGAGGGGAUUAUGGGGAGAGAUGUGUGAGAGGUCUUCCUUAAACAUUGGCUGAAAACGAUUUACUUGAGAGUUGUCAUUGCUUGAAUUAAUUCUCAGAGCAGAUCCCUAGUUUGCCUUUUCUUUGAGAAAAAUGUGUCACCAUAAUUUAGGCUUGAUUUCCUUUUUGGAGCCCAGUCGACUUUUUCUUUUUUUCUUUUUCUUUUCUUUUCUUUUUUUUUAAUAUUCUGGGUUCUUAUCCCCUAAGUUCUUUCUCUUUUGGGGAAGAUUUGAUGGGUCAGCCCUUGUGUAUAUGUGGCCUGUCUUUGUUCCACUUGGGAACAGAUCUGAGUUAACUUUGCCCUGUUAUUUUCAAGGAUGCACCUGGGAGUAUGUGAUGCCCUCCUGGUGUUGGAUUCAUGCCUGCUCUUACCCUGUGUGAGACGUUUUGAGGAUGAGAAAUAAAUGGGUGCAGUUGCUUGUUCAUGGUCACCAAAGAUAUUUCAUUUGUUGUCCGGUUAUGCAAGUCCACGAGACUAUCCGGAAUCGGGCUUUCCUGCUGGGUGCUCUGAGGCAGGAUGUAUGACUACGCGUUUGUUCACAUGGAGAAGGAAGCAGAUGCCAAAGCCGCCAUCGCGCAGCUCAACGGCAAAGAAGUGAAGGGCAAGCGCAUCAACGUGGAACUCUCAACCAAGGGUCAGAAGAAGGGGCCUGGCCUGGCUAUCCAGUCUGGGGACAAGACCAAGAAACCAGGGGCUGGGGAUACGGCAUUCCCUGGAACUGGUGGCUUCUCUGCCACCUUCGACUACCAACAGGCUUUUGGCAACAGCACUGGUGGCUUUGAUGGGCAAGCCCGUCAGCCCACGCCACCCUUCUUUGGUCGCGACCGAAGCCCCCUGCGCCGUUCACCUCCCAGAGCCUCUUAUGUGGCUCCUCUGACGGCCCAGCCAGCCACCUACCGGGCCCAGCCCUCAGUGUCGCUGGGAGCUGCCUACAGGGCCCAGCCUUCUGCCUCUUUGGGUGUCGGCUAUCGGACUCAGCCCAUGACGGCCCAGGCAGCCUCUUACCGCGCUCAGCCCUCUGUCUCCCUUGGGGCCCCAUACAGGGGCCAGCUGGCUAGCCCUAGCUCCCAGUCUGCCGCAGCUUCUUCUCUCGGCCCAUAUGGUGGAGCCCAACCCUCAGCCUCAGCCCUCUCCUCCUAUGGGGGUCAGGCAGCGGCAGCUUCUUCGCUCAACUCCUACGGGGCUCAGGGCUCCUCCCUUGCCUCCUAUGGUAACCAGCCAUCCUCUUAUGGCGCCCAGGCUGCCUCUUCCUAUGGGGUUCGUGCAGCUGCUUCCUCCUACAACACCCAGGGAGCAGCUUCCUCUCUAGGCUCCUACGGGGCUCAGGCUGCCUCCUAUGGGGCCCAGUCUGCAGCCUCCUCGCUAGCUUAUGGAGCCCAGGCAGCUUCUUACAAUGCCCAGCCCUCGGCUUCUUACAAUGCCCAGUCUGCCCCAUAUGCUGCACAGCAGGCUGCUUCCUACUCUUCCCAGCCUGCUGCUUAUGUGGCACAGCCAGCCACAGCUGCUGCCUAUGCCAGCCAGCCAGCCGCCUAUGCUGCACAAGCCACUACCCCAAUGGCUGGCUCUUAUGGGGCCCAGCCAGUUGUCCAGACCCAACUGAAUAGUUAUGGGGCCCAAGCAUCGAUGGGCCUGUCAGGCUCCUAUGGGGCUCAGUCGGCUGCUGCGGCCACUGGCUCCUAUGGUGCCGCAGCUGCCUACGGGGCCCAGCCUUCUGCCACCCUGGCAGCUCCUUACCGCACUCAGUCAUCAGCCUCAUUGGCUGCUUCCUAUGCUGCCCAGCAGCAUCCCCAGGCUGCUGCCUCCUACCGUGGCCAGCCGGGCAAUGCCUACGAUGGGGCAGGUCAGCCGUCUGCAGCCUACCUGUCCAUGUCCCAGGGGGCCGUUGCCAACGCCAACAGCACCCCGCCGCCCUAUGAGCGUACCCGCCUCUCCCCACCCCGGGCCAGCUACGACGAUCCCUACAAAAAGGCUGUCGCCAUGUCGAAAAGGUAUGGUUCCGACCGGCGUUUAGCCGAGCUCUCUGAUUACCGCCGUUUAUCAGAGUCGCAGCUUUCGUUCCGCCGCUCGCCGACAAAGUCCUCGCUGGAUUACCGUCGCCUGCCCGAUGCCCAUUCCGAUUACGCACGCUAUUCGGGCUCCUAUAAUGAUUACCUGCGGGCAGCUCAGAUGCACUCUGGCUACCAGCGCCGCAUGUAGGGCCAUCCUGGGGAUGGGGCACCACGGGGAGGGAGGGAGAGGUAGGUAGGGUGCAGACCCAGGUUAUAACCACUCUGGCCCAUACCUCUCCCAUUGUGGUUUUUCAUCCCCUCCCUCUACCAUGUGGGCCUUCCCCAGGAGACCAUCCUUUUGAGUGUUUGGCAGUAACCUACUUUGUUCCUUCGCCUCAGCAUCACAUCUUGUUACUGGCUCUAGAUCUGCGGUUUCCCCUCUACCCUGCCUCCCAUCUCUCCAGAAUGGGAAUUACUUUUGUUUUUAUUUUUUCCUGGCUCCCUUUUAUUUUUGUGCGCGAUAUUUAAGGUCGUGUGGAUGGGGAAGCAACCUGCAGCUGAGGUCGGCGGCGCCUUUUUCUUUUAGAUGUGAGGGAGGCCAGGAAAGGGUUAGCUUAACCAUUUCCUGUGCGCCAAGCUGUGCCAGCAGUCCAGGGGGCCCUGAUUGUUCCUCUGUAGACUGUUGAGACUGAGAUCCUAUUGGGACAGUCAGUUGGUGUGUGUCCAAAUCCCUGCUCACCACUGAUGUUCUAGUGAUGGUGAGCAGCACAGUCCCAAUUCCCCAUCUCCCCAAGUAGGUGGUGUUAGAAAACCUUGAUUUCCCCCCCUUUUGUAUGGACUACAAAUAAAACUUGGGGCGAUUUGCAGUUUGGAAA